AUGUGCUUCAGAUCAGAUGAGUUCUUUGAUUUCUAUGAAAACUAUGGUAUUGCUUUGUCAUAUUCAUCACCUUAUCAUCCUCAGGGAAAUGGACAGGCAAAAUCGAGCAAUAAUUUUUUUUUGAAGAUUAUCAAAAGGAUAUUAGGUAAUAAUAAGAAGGCAUGGGAUUUAAAAUUGGUUUUAGCAGUAUGGGCUAACAGAGUGACAGUUAAGAAAUCCAUAGGAUUCGCCCCAUAUGAGCUGUUAUAUGGCAAAGGAGCGCGAUUACCCUUAAGCAAUUUGCUCCUAGUUUACAAAUUUGUUACAGAGGAAGUUUCAGAAGAAGUAAACUUUAUGGAAGACAGGUUGAUGGCCUUGGCUGAGUUGGAUGAAUGUAGAAGGGAAGCUCAGGAAAGAAACCUACAAAGACAACAAAUGGUAAAGGCUUUUCAUGAUAAGAAGGCAUGUGACAGGUCUUUUAAAGAAGGGGAAUGGGUGUUAAAAUGGAAUGCCAAAGAUCAGGAUAAAGGGAAGCAUGGCAAGUUCGAUGCACUCUGGCUAGAACCUUUCAUUAUUUCAAAAAAAGGUGGAUAA